UGCAGCGCGCGCGCACACCCAACCCGGCCGCACUGUCACGCGCAUGCGCGCUCGCUCAAGCUCAUGUCGCGCCCCACAUUCGAAAACUGAACGAAAACUUAUACAAACACGAUAAAUGUACAACUUGUUGUUAUUAAGAACGAUAUAAAAGACAACAUUUUCCGAGUGUGUGAGUGUAGUUAAGCAAGACGUUAAGUUUGUAGACACAGCUUAUCCUGAAGCCGCUGUACUUCGGGUUCUUAUUGAGGUCAGAUAAAGAGAUAUCACGACCGCAAUGAUUCUGAGUACUUGAGGAGGUCGCUUCUCGCGUGAGACUGUGCUGUGUGAUGGACUAGCUAGUGUUGUGUCAGGAUGCACACGAUGGACACGAUGGGCUACGGCCACAAGAAGUACCGGCCGCCUCUGUCGCCCACCAGCUUCUACCAGCAUGACAUGUACUCGCGGCACACCACACUACGCCCUCAGAGCGAGUACAGGUUCGCGGGCGGAGGGGCAGGUUACCCCCGCAGCGGCAGCAGCCGUGGCGGCGGGCUAUGCUCUGCGGCCCUGGUGGGCGGGGCCCUGCUGGCCGCCGUCGCCGUGCUCUCCGUAGCCGCGCUCGCCUUCUAUAUGGGCGCGCUCAGACCAGAUAACGGAGAACCAAUAAUUUCAUUCGAGGGUACGAUGCGGGUGACUCGCGGGGACGUGUAUGGCGGAGCCCCCAACAGUCCGGCGUGGCGGGAGCGCGCGCGGCGGUACGGAACGGCGCUCCGGCAGGUAUACGCGGCGCCCUCGCCCUUGCGGCAGGCCUUUGCCGGCGCCAUCGUCACCGGCUUCGGAGACCGUCGCCUCGACGUACACUUCAGGCUGUAUCUCGACAGGAGAAAAAUACCGAGUUCGGUCUCCAACAUAGAAGAAACUCUUAAAAACGUUUUAGUCCAAGAUCUACUUUCAAAACAUCCAGCAUUUGGCCAAAUAAAAAUAGACACAUCAAGUAUUGUAAUAAAAAGGGAUUUAGAGCAUACAUAUCAUUCCGAAUCUUAUGUAAAAGAAGCAAUGAAUGAAAGUAUGGCCGUAAGCCAACCGAAAAGUCCACCACCGGUUACUGGCAAGGAUAAAACUCUACAAACACGAGUGGGUGUCGUACGAAAAACUACUGUUAAACCGAAUCAACCCGGAAAGAAGAAGGAUCCUGACGAGCCUGAUAUUGAUACUGAGAACAUACCAGUAGUGCAAGGUUCGUUCCAAAUUACUAAAACAGAAGCCGAUAUAACUGAAAACAAACAAAGCUCUAUUCCAGCGAAACACGAUGAUAAAAUAAGUCACAAGCCAACGGCAGCAACGAAAACAACUUCCACGACAAGAGCUCCUACGACUAAAGCUACAUCUGCAAGACCAACUAGCACGAAAAGAGUUCCUACUAGUACACCAAAGACGCGACCAUUUACAAUAAAAUCUACACUUAAUGUAAAGCAAAAGACAGAACCAACAACAAUAAAAGAAAUCAUACAAACCACAAAAAAGCCUGUAGCCAAGCCUGUACUGACUACUACAAUAACAACUACAAGACCUUCAACUACUGUGGAAACGACUACAGCCAAUGUAUCGCAAAUAUUACUUGAUCUUUUAACAAACGAAAAUCAUUACAAAGAUUUACCAAAAAUCGACACUUUAUUUACCGUGCCACAUGUAAUCGAUAACGAACCAUGGCGACCUAUAACGAGACCAUAUUAUGAAACAACAAGCCCAACUACUCCUACAAUUAUUGAAGAAAUACCGAGCGAACCAAAUGCAGAAGAUAGAAUAGGUGUUGCCGAAGUUGUUGAAGAUAUUUCGAUUUUAGAAAGUAUGUUAACACCAAUACCACCUGUACCCAUUAGAGACAAAACUACUCGGAGGCCAGCUGGAAUAUACAAUAUGGAUCCAAAUUUAGCUGCAGAAGUGUAUGUUCCCAGUCCUGUCUAUACAAGUUUCACACUUCCUACCUUUGAGCUACCAACUAAAGAUAAGGAAACAUUAGGAUUAAACUAUCCAAAACCUCAUCCCAUACCUGUAGAUAAAAUAAGUGGAGUGGUUGAGGUAUCUAAAGAAACUGAUACUAACGAAGAUGAUGGCAGACCCGUUGAAAGGCCUCCUAAGGAAAAGACAACUUCUGCAACCUUGAAUGUUAUGAAGGUAGAUCAACAAGAUAAUACUACUGAAAAAGUCUCUGUAGAUGGUGCUUCCAUUUUAAAGAAACAAAAUGUUUCUACUACUAUCCCUUCUACUACUUCUAGUACUACAACUAGUACAACCACUACAUCAAGUACUCCCACUAGUACCAUCAGUACUUCUUCAACAACCACAAGGAGCUCAACAAUUGCUGCAGAAGUAUCAUCUAAAAGUACAACUGAAAUAAUAGAAAACGCUAUACAUCACAAUGAAUCAAAUAGAGAACAUACAACAAGAAGGCCCAAUAACAAAGUUUCUAUUAUUCCCAGUACGAAUGCUCCACAUCACACAUGGGAACUUGUAAAUACUUCCAAUAUAUCAACCAAUGAAAAUGACACCAUGAAUAAAAAUUCUCCAGAGAAAUAUUAUAAUGACACCCUACAGGCUAUAAUCACCAAAAAUGACGCUGUUUUUCCUAAUACAACACCAAAAUUUACGAACAAAGUAUCCAUUUUAAGAAAUUUAACAGAAAUAAUUAAGAGAUAUUCACAGAACACGGAAAACCCUGUUAAGCAAUUAGAAAAAGUUGAAGUAGAAGAACGUCACAAUCACAACAAAAUGACUGGGUCUGUUGAGGUUGUGCCCGAUGACGAUAUGAUGGAUACUACAACUGCAGCAAUAAUUACACUACUACCAGCAAAAUCAAAUCUAGGAGUUAAUCGACCACUGAGACCUCGUCCAAAAAUAAAACAACCGUCUGUAGUGAAAGAAACCGUCCGUGGAUUUUUUCAUAUUACUGAUCCAGAUACUCAAAAAUUAAUAGAUAAUCUCAGUACGGAAAAUUAUAUACAAAUACAAAAUAUAACUCACAGUAUCUCAGGUACUUCCGAAGUCGUAACAGCAAGUACAGCUGGUGAUGGUAGCUAUCCUGAUGAUCAAGUAUUUCUAGCGAAUGUUUCUGAUAGUUUGCAGGUAACAGGUGAUGGAGAAAGCACUCCAAGUAAUAACAGGUUGCCUAAAUCGAGUGACCCGGAUAAUGACAGCGUGGCAUCAGAAACUAAGCAAAGUGCCGAUGCAACCAAUUUGCCUGAAGGAACAUACAAGGUCUCUUAUCAUGUGACUGGCAGUGUUAGCAGUAAACAGGCAAAUAAAACUGAGCCUCUUCCUGCGUACGAACUAGAGUUGGAACCAGAUGUAGUGUUAGAAAUACCUAUAAACCAAUCAAAUACUUUAACAAUCGAUAAAUUAAGACAAUUAGCGAGUCUCGCUACGAUAUCUGAUUCCAACAACAACACACUAUUUCGUACCCCUGGUGGUGGAGUAAUCUCGACAAAGGCCAUUCCAUCUAGUUACACUUUGAAUCAAGCUGGAUUCAAUAUUCUAACGAAAACAUAUAACAAGAUCCCUUCAAAACAAGAUAACAACAAUCUCGAGAAGCCUGACAAGACAUACAGCAAACCUCACGUAAACAAGCCUCACAAAGAGAAGGAUAAGGGAACCAACAGCAUAAAGGAAGUCGUCAAAGAAGAGGAAUGUAAUAUUGGGACGUCGUUCCGGUGCUUGUCUGGCGCGUGCCUGCCGCUGACAUCGCGCUGCAACCGGUUGCUGGACUGCCCGGGCGGCGAGGACGAGCGCGCCUGCUCCUGCGCAGAUUACCUACGAGCUGACUUCUCGCAAACCAAAAUUUGUGAUGGCGUUGUGGACUGCUGGGAUUACUCCGAUGAAAACAAAUGUGAAUGGUGCCAAGAAGAUCAAUACGUAUGCGCUAAUGCUAAACAGUGUAUUGAAAUGACCCGUGUUUGUGAUGGUAAUCCCGAUUGUCCCCUCGGCGAUGAUGAGAAGAGCUGCGUUGCUUUGACCGAUGAAUUGGAAGACAAUGAAGUUGUUCCUUAUGAUGAGGAAGGUUUCGUAAUGGUGCGGAAGCGAGGCAUAUGGGGCAGAUUGUGUGUGGAAAGUUUUGAAGACGUAGUCAAUCAGGCGCACAGUUCUCUGAAACUGCCAGACCUUGGUAGAGCUGUUUGCCGGGCCAUGACAUUCCAAGAUUCUCCAUGGGCGCGGGAGGCUCGAGAGGGACGGAAGGCCAGCUCAGUGGGCUACUGGGAAGUAUGGCACAAUGCGGCGGCUCGGGCCGCUGACACCAGACUCACCUUCCGAAGAUCUGUCUGCACGCGACACAAAGCGCUUCGAGUCCGCUGCAAGGACCUCGAUUGCGGUAUUAGGCCGCACGCUGACGCUCAACAACCCAGGCGUGUGUCUGAGUCUCACGUGCGGUGGGGCAGGGUCGUGGGCGGCGGCGGCGCGGCGGCGGGCGCGUGGCCGUGGCAGGCGGCGCUGUACCGCGACGGGGACUUCCAGUGUGGGGCCACCCUAGUGCACCACCAGUGGCUGCUCUCCGCCAGCCAUUGCUUCUACCAAGCUACGGAAGCGCAUUGGGUGGCUCGUUUAGGGGCGCUGCGCCGCGGCGCGUGGCCCCGGGGGCCAUGGGAGCGCGUGGCCCGCGUGCGGCAAGUGGUCCUCCACCCGCGCUACGCCCCGCGCGGGUUCCGCAACGAUAUCGCUCUGCUGAGAGUGGACCCGCUCAAACUACACGCGAGGCUGAGGCCCGCGUGUCUGCCGCCGCCGCGCACCCAGCCGCCCGCCGGGCAUCACUGUACUGUCGUCGGUUGGGGACAACUCUAUGAACACGAACGAGUCUUUCCGGACACGCUACAAGAAGUGGAGUUGCCGGUGAUAUCAACAGCGGAGUGCCGGCGGCGCACGCGACUGCUGCCGCUGUACCGGGUCACUGACGACAUGUUCUGCGCGGGGUACGACCGCGGUGGCCGCGACGCCUGUCUCGGAGACUCCGGCGGACCGCUCAUGUGCCAGGAAUCGGACAGAUGGUACAUUUACGGAGUGACGAGCAACGGCUACGGCUGCGCGCGCGCCAACCGGCCCGGCGUCUACACCAAAGUGUCUAAUUACAUCGAUUGGAUCGACAGCGUCAUCGCCACGCACACGCCGCAGCAGAACGAAACUAUAUUCGAAGAGUCCUCAGAGUCUGAAGAGGACUUCUACGCGGACUUAGAAGUCGCAGAGAAUAAUAGAGCAACGCGAGCAGAUACAUGUAAGGGGUACAGAUGUCCCCUCGGCGAGUGCCUGCCGCCGUCCAGCGUCUGCAACGGCUUCAUCGAGUGCUCCGACGGCAGCGACGAGUGGCGCUGCGCCAGGCCCGCCCCUAACAACUCCAAACACGACCCGGAUUGACCAACAACUUAUAUAUAAGCCAGUAAUUAAAAGUAGAAUACGUUUUUUGAAUUCGACUGAUAUUUUGUAAGUAGACGUAAGUUAAAUCUCAACCAAUCAAUAUGUCAAAAUGUAUUGCUGAGCUUGACUCGCGUUUCUUCCGAUCCAUGCACUAUGCCAUAUUUGAUGUGUUCUGGGCUAUGUAUAUAUAGGUAUAGCACUUCCGCGUCCAGAGGGUUGAGCUGUUUACCACUGUAUUUUACUGCUAAUCAAAUCUAUUUAUUGAUUUCAUGGAUUACCUUUUCCGUUUGAAUUUACAGUUGGUACCUUUCAAAUGGACGACGUGACCCAUAAAUAAACUAUUGACAAACUA